UAGGAGCCUUGUGCUCAUUCUUUCGACAAAGCAUCUUUAUCUCCAUUGUUGAAUUAACCUCACAAGGUGAUUAUCGACUCGAAAACGGGAGCCCAACCAGUUUCUGGAGACAUUCAGAUAAAUUGAAGACGAUAUCCUGAACAUGAACAGCAGUCUUCUCAUACCUAUAUAGUAACAGAAAAACGUGUUUGAUAGCACCUGGCCAACAUAACCGUGCUACACAACACCCUGAUACGACAAAAUACAAUAGCAACAAAACCAUGUCAGAAGGAGAGAAAAGAUCUAGUAGCCAAGCUGGCCUCACAGAGGACGAACAUGGGGACAGCUUGGCCAUCCACGUUGACGCUGACGUCAAUAAUCAAAAUGGUAGUGGUGGUGACGACAGCGAAGUCGAGAGACAGCUAGUCUCCGCCUUGGGCGAGGUCAGCGGCAACCGGCAGAAGACCGUCCUCCCGCCUCCCGACGUCGGUGAUGCAGGCAUCUCCGACGAGGAAGUGCACGGGGCGGACGGCCACGAGUCGUCGGCUCAUGAAGGGGACGAUGAGAGAGAGACUACGCCGCCGCCGGGAGCUGAAGACGAUGACAAGGAGGAGAAUUGGCAGCCGACUGCGCAGGAGCAGACGGUGAAUGCCGAGAAAAGAAAGGCUUCCGAUGCGGAAGGAGAAGAUGAAGAAGAAGAGGCAGCAGCAGCACCGCUGCAGGCCCCGAAAAGGAAGAUCAAAAGGCGCAAGAAGUACGAGGCGGAGGCGGAUCAUUCCGCCGCGAUUCGAGCCAGAUACGAGAAGAUGCGGGAGUCACGGACUCCCAUUGCUUGCGACCGUUGUAAGAAUCUCCGGAAGGAGUGCACAAGUGAUAUCGAUGGCUGUCUCCAAUGCAAAGCGGCGGGGAAGGAAUGUAUGCAAACCGACCCCGUCACUUUGCGAACGGAGAAGCGCGGAGAUUCGCUCAGAAAAGAUGAGUUGAUUCACAUACUGCGUGCGGAGAAUCGCAAACUGCGCGAGGUCAUUAGGCGGUUGGAAUACCAGGUCCAGCUUCAAAUGCGAGGCCAGAUCAAUCCUCUGGGCACUUACCAGUUUCAGCCACGCUACAGGAAUCGCACUCCUAGUCCCCCCGGUAGCUCACCAUGGAGCAAUGCAACCCCAAGCAGUGCCGAGAAGGGAUCGGGUUAUCUCAGCAAGACUGGAUUUUCUCCCGUGAACAACCGGGCGUUAACUAGGCCCGGGAAGCCGACGAAUGCGGAGGAUCCGAAAAAGACAGGCAGUCCAAGCGAGCGUCAUGCAAAUGCUCCCAAGUCCCGGGCUACGGGCAGCGAAGGUUCAGGCGGCUCUGGUGGCAAUAGCACAAGGUUCCCACCGGCGGUGCCUGCUGAGGAGCUCGAACAAAGAUUGAACCAGGGAGCCCGGGCACGGAUCAACAAUCAAUUCGAGGCGCUCAUGGCAAGGGACCCGGACUUCAACCAACGGGCUUACUCUGGGGCGGCGGGCUAUGAGAGCCCUGGUCGGCCACGCCUCAAUGGACCCGGCCCGUGCCAGUAGCGGGAUCCGCCCCCAUUACGACGGUGGUUUCAUCAACGAGCAGCCUGCGUACCGGUUUGGCUCCCCCGGUUAUACUAACCAUCCUCAG